GGGUUGUUUUUUUUUAAUAUGUCUAAGCUGGGUGAGAACAAGGAGCAGAUGAUGAUGAUGAGGGACAUGAAGAAAAACAGUGGGUAUGAAGCUUUCUUGGAUGUUGACAGCCUUGAGGUUUCUCCAUUUCAAAAUCUUCGACACCAUUCAACAAUGGGUAGAGUUUCUCCUUGUCCUUCAAACUCUUUCACCAAUGGGUUUUCUUCUUCAUCCGGAGAAGCCCCGUUAUUUGAGGACCAACAACAGCAGCCCAAGUUUCAUCACUACGGACUCUGGUUGGAUUCUAAAGGGUCACCCAAUUCUCAUUAUAGAAAUAAGAAUGCCGAUGAAAACAAGUUGGUCGACGAUGGCUUUGGUUUGUGUGAGAAUCUGUAUCAAAUGCAUAUUAGAGAUGAAGAACGAGAUGGAGAUAAUUCUGGUCAAAUGAGGAGAUUUGGCCAUUUUUCUUCUUAUAAUGCUGAAAAAUAUGGUUCUUAUGAAGGUUUCAACAAAGGGUAUCAAUCGUCUCCACAGCAAGUUCCACUUUGUUUAGGUGGUGGUGAUGUCAUCAGGUCCACCUUGCUUGGGCUGCAAGAUGGAUACGAAAAAGAUUAUUCAUUUGGGUCUUACAGCAUUGGUUACAAUCAGUCCAAUGAUUUGUCUUCAUUACCGACUUGGUAUGAUAACCGAAGAAGCUAUCUUUUGGAGCAUAGAAUGGACCAGGGUAGGGGAUUGGACAGUAGGGGAGUUUUAAUGCAGAGUGCUUUUAGCACUAGGCCCUACAUUGGGAAUCCUUUUGUUUGCUCCCAGCAAUGUGGGUUGGAUGGCAAUGGAGGAAGAGCUCCCAUUGAUUCUUUGAGUUCUCCUAGGUUCUUGCACAGCAAGAUUCCUCUUGAGGAAAAUGUAGUGGAGGAUCAUAGUGUCAUCAUUCAAGGAAGAGGUUUCAAGUAUGAUAUCGAUAACAAGGGCCUCGAUUCCAUCAAGUACCGAAAGAAGAAGUCUCUCAAAGAGAUUGCAAUGCAAAACAUUCAAGAGAAAAGUUCUAAACAUGAUAAGAUACAUGGGGAAAAUGUAACACUGAUGCCAAGUCCAUAUUCCUUGGUUGAGUUUCAAGGUUGCAUUUAUCACAUGGCUAAGGACCAGAAGGGUUGUCGAUUCCUACAAAGGAUAUUUGAUGAAGGAAGCUGUUUGGAUGUGCAGAUAAUAUUCAAUGAGGUUAUUGGUAAUAUUGUUGAACUAAUGAUGGAUCCCUUUGGAAACUACCUUGUCCAAAAGUUGCUGGAUGUGUGCACUGAAGAACAAAGGCUGCAGAUUGUUCUCACUGUGACCAAAGAACCGGGGCAGCUAGUGAGGAUUUCUUUGAACACAUAUGGUACGCGUGUGGUACAGAAGUUGAUUGAGACUCUCAAAUCAAGACAACAGAUUUCUCAUAUCAAAUCCGCUCUUAAACCUGGAAUUCUUGAUCUUGUCAAGGAUCUCAAUGGAAAUCAUGUGUUGCAGCGCUGUUUGCAAUGCCUUGGCAAUGAAGAUAACAAGAUUAUUUUCGACGCUGCUGCAAAAUUUUGCGUAGAUAUCGCCACUCAUCGCCAUGGAUGCUGUGUGUUGCAACGCUGCAUUGCUCAUUCCAAUGGACAACAUCGAGAUAAGCUAAUCACUCAGAUUUCUAGAAAUGGACUUCUUCUUGCUCAGGACCCUUUCGGGAACUAUGUUGUUCAGUACAUAAUAGAGCUGAAGGUCGUUGGCAACUUACUAUCUCAGUUCAAAGGGCACUAUGUUCAUCUGUCAAUGCAGAAAUUUAGCAGCCAUGUGGUCGAAAAAUGCCUCAAGCAUUUCACAGAAAGUCGGUCUCAGAUCAUCCGUGAGUUAAUCUCUGUUGUCCACUUUGAACAACUGUUGCAAGAUCCAUUUGCCAACUAUGUGAUUCAAUCUGCUUUAGCCGUAACCAAGGGUCCUCUUCAUGCUUCUCUAGUCGAAGCGGUCCGACCGCACACAAUCCUUCGUACCAGCCCGUAUUGCAAGAGGAUUUUCUCGAGGAACCUCCUGAAGAAGUGAUGGAAGUCGGUUUCAAGAAGUGUUGUUGUGCUUCCAAGGUUUGCUAGCUUGUUCAGUACAAAAUAAGGAAAUGUCCUGGGAUUAAGAGAAUGUAAACAUGAAAAUCUGGGGCUGCUU